CCCCGGGCGUUUUUCUCUCGCUUGCAUCACUCUGACCCGUCUCUUUUCCAAGCCUUGUGACUGUACAAACGACCAUCGAUCACUCCAACCAGUGUCAGUACCUCCAGUACCUCCAGUACAUCCCAUCCAUCAAUCCAGCUUCCUCCCUUCUACUACUCUUUUUUCCAUCUUUCUCAUAAUCAAGCCAACUUCAUACCGACGUUCCUCCAUCCAACGACGAAUACAUCAUUCUUCUCUCCCUCUCUAUCUCUUUACAUUUGCGUGUGUUUUUUCAUAUCACACGUAAUUAUUCUCGUUCUCCUUUGUUUUAUUUAGACACCUGGUUCGUGUUUUUUCCCCCGGUAGCUACCAAACCGAUUUCCCAAAUCAGUCCAAUUUCUGCAGGGUCCGAACGAACGUGAGCGCGCUUCGCUUCGCGACAUCACCUGUCGAUUUCACCAUCCUUCCAAGGCAUCGUCAUCAUUCAACCAUCAACCAACAAAAUCUUUAUUCUAACCCGGUUUUAAAAGUCGAUACAUCACCCGACGUCCAUCUAUCCGACCGUAUCCUUUUUUCUCCCUUCCAUCAAAUAAUCUCAACACCCGUAUUUUUCACUCCUUUCUCCAUCUCUAAUCUCUCCCCUUAGCCGACAUGCCGGGGAAAACGCCUCAUUCCAACGGCAACGAGCCUGUCGAGAACGGUAUCAGAAACAACCAAGAUGUCGAUAUGACGGAUGAGAAAUCUUCAUUGAAGGGCAAGAACAAGAAGGGUGUUAAGGAGGGUGAGGAUAUGACCGUCGUCGUGCCACCUUCUAAGACCACGAAGCAAUCUUCUCAACCACCACCGCCUGAUGCUGAUGGAGAUAUCGCCAUGGACGUAGAUAAGCCCGAAGAUCUUGAGGUUAAGGUCGACCCUAUUACCCAGACCAUCACAGAUAUCAAGAGUAAUUUCGCCCUCCUCGAUCGCGCAGUAGCUCUAUUCGAUGCCAGAUUCACAUUAAGGGCUCUAAGAUCUAUCUCGUCCCUCAGGAAACGUCUCAGUUCAGAUAUCCUCGCCCAAGCCAUUUCAGAGACAUUUUCUUCCACAAGCCCGUCUGCCAAUGUCGCCAAGCAGCUUCUACUUGCUAUUGGCAAGCAAGAUAUACCUCUUGGUCGCCAAUCAAGUUCCGAGAUGGAGAUCGAUGGUGAGCCCAAGGCUGCCGCUAAGAAUGGUACCAAGAAAGAGAUCAAGGAAGUUAUUCCUGAAAUCGACAUCUUCCUAAGCAUUCUAGUUCAGGUCUACUUGUUCGAUUUGAAACAGUUCCAACUCGGCGCUGAUUUCUCCAAAUAUCUCUCAGAGCGCAUCCACUCCCUAAACCGCCGGACUCUUGAUUCGCUCUCUGCUAAGGUUUACUUCUACUACUCUCUAUUCUGCGAGCAGCUUGCUCCGUUGCCUCCUUCACCUCUGUCUCCGAUUGUAGCGAUCCGCCCAAUCCUAUUGACCGCUCUCCGAACAGCCGUACUGCGAAAGGAUGUUGACAUUCAGGCUUCGGUUAUUGUAUUACUUCUCCGAAGUUAUCUCCUCACGUCCCACAUUUCUCAAGCCGACCUCCUUGUAUCUCACACGCAGUUCCCCGAGAAUGCGGCCAAUAACCAGGUCGCACGCUUCCUAUACUACCUCGGUCGCAUUCGGGCUAUUCAGCUACGAUACACUGAGGCACACGAACACUUGACGGCGGCUACGCGAAAAGCACCGGCAAGCUCUUGCGCCUUGGGCUUUGCGCAAACUGCGACGAAGCUUCUGCUAGUUGUGGAGUUGUUGAUGGGUGAUAUUCCUGAGCGAGCCACUUUCCGUGCCUCCAAUAUGGAACAAGCCCUUCACCCAUACUUCUUGCUAGUCCAGGCUGUGCGAGUAGGUAACUUGGAGGACUUCGAGCUGACGAUUUCGGACCACGCUGAGACCUUCCGUCGCGAUGGAACGUAUUCCCUUAUUCUACGUCUCCGCCAAAAUGUCAUCAAGACCGGUAUUCGCAUGAUGAGCUUGAGCUACAGCCGUAUCUCCCUCCGCGACAUCUGCAUCCGUCUGCACCUAGGUAGUGAGGAGAGUGCAGAGUAUAUUGUCGCGAAGGCAAUCCGGGAUGGCGUCAUUGAGGCGACAUUAGACCGAGAGCGAGGUUUCAUGAAGAGCAAGGAGGUUGGUGAUGUAUACGCUACUCGAGAACCGGGAGAGGCAUUCCACGACCGUAUUAGAGCUUGUCUUGCGCUGCACGACGAGAGUGUGAAGGCCAUGCGCUUCCCGAUGAACCAGCACCGCUUGGAACUAAAGAAUGCUCAAGAAGCACGCGAGCGAGAGCGAGAAAUGGCAAAGGAGAUACAAGAUGGAGAUUUGGACGAGGACGACCUCGGUGGUGACUUCGAGGGCAUGUAACAUAAUUCAAACCCGUGUAUUCUGAAAUUGGAGGAUUCUAUCGAUGCUGAUUUUCCCCGCCCGUACCCGUCUAUAAUGGUGGUGGUAAUUGAGGCUGGGAAGGAGAGAUUCUUUGCAUCGGUGGAAAGUCGCUUUUGUAGCUUGUGCGAAGGAGGAGAGAAGAAGGAAGUUUUUAAGAGAGUGCUGCGAAUAUGACGCAGCCAAUUCUUAUACAACGUCAUUCAGACUCGUAUUGUAAUAGAUAAGUAACGGUACAGAGAAGAGAUACGGGAGAGGAAGACUCUUUUCGGUAUCAUCAUCAUCAUAUUUUAACUGGCUGCUUUCGUGGAUGGAAGCGGAACGGGGUCAUCGGUUUAAGGCUUCGUGCUUCCUGAUGUUGAUAUUUUUUAAGCGUCAAUCAAUCGAUCCGUGCUGGCUGGAGUCUGCUGGUCUUUUUUUUCCCUUGCAAGCUUGAUCUUUGUAUGUUGGUGUGGUUGUUAGUAGAGAUGAAUAUGCUUGUUAGUAGUAGGUGUACAAUGGAGUUCAAUGAUGCGCUUUUGUCUUCGUAUAUGUAGGGUGCUACUUUACACGUAGGUGUCAAGGUAAAUACGUGUAUGUCUGAUACUUUACAUGUUUGAUUUCUAGACACUGGUUUACAUGUGUUUUUACGAGAUAUCAAAUUGCUAUUUCGUCU